CGUCGCGAGAGGUCCGCUCUUCUCCUCUGUUGUCCCAGUUCCGUCUUUUGCGCUGCCACCACCCGCAACCCUUCCAUAAUUCGGUUCACCACUGCACGAUUAUAAUGUGAAGUGAACAUAAUUCUGCGGCCUCGACUGUUUUUUCUUCCUGUUAUUUUCUCCCUAUUCAAAAAACUUCUAGGCAUUCUUUCUUUUGUCCCCAAGCAAGCCCGUCGUCACAGCUCGCGGUCGCUGGCUUGUCAACAACGUCCCUCUGGUCUUGCCCACCUACUACAACCCAAACGGGGCCAUUUCGAUACGAUACCAAUUCUCAUAAACAUUCGAACUGCCAAACUGCGAGCUUCAACUCAAUGGCUGCAAGCGACACGGCCGUCGCCACCCUCCCGGCGUCGAGCCCCCUUGUCUCGGCCCUACACGAGGGCAGCGCGAGCAACAUGUCCAGCCCUCUCAGUGACGUCGAGGACAAGGAUGGAGAUGACGACCUCAUGGAGCAGUUGAUGCGUAAGAAUAUCACUAGCAUAGGACAUAGCGAAAGAGGAACUCCUGCGCAAUCUGAACACGACGAUAGCGUCGCCGACGACGACGACGAAUCUAACCUCUCCGAAGUCGAUAUCAACGACUCCGAGGCCGAGACGGAGCGCCUCCACGAUAGCCCCUCCAAAAUGAAAGAUUUUGGCGGGUCAACCACACCCAAAGCUGACCGCGCAGGCAAGAGGUUUCUCAACACAAGAGAGCGUGAUUUCCAAUUCAGCCCGAGCAAGCUCAAGCAACAGACAAGGGCCGGUGGGGUCAGCGACCAAGAGAACGAUAUUGCGUCGGACUCUGAUAAAGACCAGAGCGACAGCGAUCUCUCAACGCCAUCCGGUCACAGCAAAGACGCCCUCGGUUCUCCUCACAAUAACAAACACGAUACCACCGCCGACGGUGGCCUUGUAUCUGGAGAUACAAGCACUACUACUUCUUCCUCGGACACAAGAAAACGCAAGCGAUCGCCCGCGACGGAGACAGUCGAGGCGGACCAACCGGCGAAGAAGCGCGUCGGGUCUGUUGCGCCAGCUGCGGAUGCGGUCGAUGACAUAACCGCUCGGGGUAUUAUGGCUGAUGCCACUCCGAUAAACACACAGAACGGGGAUCAAUCCGACGAGGAUGUGCCCUCUCGCGAUCAUAAGAACCAUCACAAGACGUCAAAUCAAGAUUCAAAUGGCACCGUGGUGCGACAGCAACCAAGUCCGGGCCGACCAAAGCGCAGUGCUUCCAGGAAGGAAAAGCAAAUGCGCGCCGGAGAUGAUCGCGAUCCGGAGCCUGCUGCUGUUUCGCUCCACGAGAUACCCGCUCCUACUACCGAAGGCGAGCUUCCCACCACUGAGGAGCAUGUUGAAGCUGAAGCCGACGUAGACAUGGAGCCUGGCGAUGGCGACGGUGACGUGGAGUGUGAUCAGGAUGCAGAGGCGUUACAUAAGGACGAGGAAGAGUUGGAACGAAAAAAGGCCGCUCAAGAGUUCAUACUAGGACUCGAAAAGUCGUUUGCAGAGUUCAGAGAUCAAUAUUACGAAGAACGCCUGCGACUGCUAAAUGAAGAGGAGGCUAUGCUCAUUGCCCCUGAGCCCACACACCCUGAUUACUUAGCCAUGAUGCGGUGCGUCGAUGCACGCCGCGACGACAAAAUGCGAAUAAUCGAGGCCGAGUACAGACUAAGCCAGGAGUCUCUCCAGCGGUGGGCUGUCGCGGGCAGAUCACAGAUCAUGUCACAAUACUAUCAAGACGUUCGUAAGACACGCGAACAAGUACUUGAAGAGCUCGGCGACGAGUGGUACAGAAUACAACAACAGAGACGCUGCCAUGCCAACAAGGUCGCAGAUUUUACUCUACGCUAUCCGGAGUCAAGAGCAAAAGCCGUCAAACAAGUCACGGCGUAUAACAAGGAGGUUUCCGUUUUGUCCGAAAUAGCAAGGCACAAGGGCUUUCCAGGCGCGCCUCGGAUAUCCGGUGCAAGUUCGGCAGAGAUCCAGGACGACUUGAAUGAGAUCAAGCAAGCAAAGAGGGAGAGUAGCCACCACGCUGGAGCAGUUUCGGCAACCUUUCAAGACUACGGCGCUAUUCCGAAUGAGAGGAUAUUAGGCCCUGCGGGAGAGGAGUUCCUCAAGCAGACACCAUGGGCAAACCCAAAUCAUCCUUCGCACCAGCAUCAGUCUCGACCACGUGAGCAAACUACCCCCAAGGAGCCCAACGGCAACAGCCCGCACUAUCAAUCCGGACCUCCUGGUGGUCGCAACAGCCACAACGCAAGACGAGCACAAAUCGGGCAUGGUCCAUCAGCAGUCAACGGGACAUCAGCAAUCUCUUCAAGUCUGCUGAAGCCUGGGAUGAUGGCAAUUAAAUAACCGCCUUGCUGUAUUUUGCGCUUAUGCUCUUGAGGAGCUGUUGCAAGUUUGGCGGUGCUAUUACCCCUGCCAACACUCCCCACAAGCUCUCAAAUCUCAUUUUACGUCGAUUCUGGCAUUAUCUGGUGGAGUUUAGUCUCAUUUCAGCGGCAAUCGGCGCCGUCUAUUGGUAGACGCAUUGAUACGGGGGUGCAUUUUUUUUGGCUUGGGAUGUGGCGUUAGGAGACUUUGGUGGUCGUGUUUCUUGUGUCUUCUUGGUUCUUUUCUUUGGGCUGGGUUAUUUCCUUUUGCUUCUCAGUAUAAUACCCACACAGCAUCCUUUUCCUGGCUACUCAACCACAGUAGACCGAGAGUUGGCCUCGUGUAUAUGAUAUAACCUCUAGAAAACUUUAUACAGCAGGGCAGAGCCGGAUCCUAUUGUUG